CAAAUUGAUAACCGGACGGACACAAGAUGAAUCGAAAUAUAUCAUUGAGCGGCUAUGGACUUUCCAAUAAAAUGUUGAUCGGCAUGGGCGUCAGCCUGGUAGCUGUAGGAGGUGCCGGCUACCUGGUUUAUCGCCAUUUGCAUCGCGAUUUGAUGCCAAUGAAAUGGCGACGAGUUGGCACAUUGCAGCAAGUGAAUGUAUUUCCAGUCAAAUCUUGUGCUCCACUAGAGCUUCACAGCCAGCAGGAAUACGAUUGUGAUGUGCUUGGCAUUGGAAUUGGAAAUGUGCGAGAUCGUAAAUUUAUGUUAGUCAAUGAUAAUAAUGAAAUGAUAACUGCCAGAGCUUAUCCGCAUAUGGUACUAAUUCAGCCAAAGGCGGUAGCAAAUGGAUUGGUGUUUAGUGCACCUGGUAUGCCCGACUUGGAACUGGAUUUCAAGCAGUUGGAAUCGCUCUCUAAGGACGUACACACAUCCAUUUGGGGCGUGGCAAUAGAUGUGAUGCUGUGCGGCAGCCGCUUUGACAAAUGGUUCUCAGAGUUUAUCCUUAAAAAAGAUUCGGGCGUAAGGCUUGUUUACUAUCCGUAUCCAGGACCAGUUCGUAAAACUAGUCCAGAACUUAAACACAUGCCUUACAUAAUACAGCAAGAUUCUGGCACACUCAAUGAUGGCACUAGCUAUAUGCUUCUCAAUUUAAACUCUGUUAAUGAUUUAAAUACUCGACUGAAGACUCCUGUGGAUCCAUUGCAAUUCCGUGGAAACUUUGAAUUGAAAAUGGAUGUUGAUCAGCCGUACAGUGAAGACCACUGGCAGUGGAUACGCAUUGGCAACGAUGCUAUUUUUCGUAUAGUUGCGCCUUGCACCAGAUGCAUUUUGCCAAAUAUAAACGUUAAAACGGCUGAGCGUAAUGUCGACGGUGAACCGCUCAAAACACUGCGCAGCUAUCGACUGUUUAACUAUCCGUCUCCAGCGAUGGGUGUACACAUGGGUCUACGGCAAACAGGAAUCGUCAAGGCUAACGAUGUUAUUUACGUAGAAGACAAGUGAAACUGGAAACGUCUUAUGUGGAAGUACAUAUAACAUAUAAUAAAGGAUUUUAUUUUCGCAAUUUCUGAUUAAGCGCACCAAUUCUUGCCACAAAUCCGUUACUUCUGUAAAAUU